AAAACAGCCUUAGUGUAGCCAUGCUGCAUAGACAUCACCUUUUAUCAACACACGGGAGACACAAGAAGAAUGGAUAUACUGACAGCGAUAAGACACACCUCGAUAACGGUAACCUCGUAGGCAGGUGAUAAGAUAGGACACGGCUACAAUGGGACCACGCUGUCUUAUCAUCGUGGCCGCGCUGCUCACACUGGGCCAGCUGUCAGCUGCCGGGCCCUGGUGCUACAGGUGUGAUGCGGUGUUUGAGCCCGCCAUCUGUGGUCGUAUACAGAAGUGCGAGGACCACGAGGUGUGUUUCACGGGGUCCCACGCUGGUCUCAAUGGUGGGACACAGUACAGAUCAGGCUGCAAGCCGAAAGAUCAAUGUCCAACCUCAACAAACAGCUCAGCAGACACAACGAACACGGCGGACCAGCCAGACACCUGCAUAGAAUGUUGCCCUGGUGACUUCUGUAACGCCAAACUGUGCGGCGGUAUAGAGAUACGACAGCCCGGGAUGAAGCUGUGCAUGAAGUGUGAUGGAGUCGCGAAGCCAGGGGACUGUGACACAUUUGACACGUGUGAUGCCGACCAACAAUGUUUCGUGGAUACAGACAGGAUAUCUGGAAUUGCAUUUUACAAACUCGGCUGUGCGGACAAAACAGUGUGUGCUGGGAAGCAUAAUGUGUGUUGUGACACGGAUUUAUGUAACGCUGACAACAACGUCACAAUGAAGGCGUCACCUCCACCUGCCAACUCCACUGCGACAUCACCACCAGGCACAUCCAUGAGCCUAGUGACAACGACUGACCCGUCACCGACUACCGCAUCUACAUCUUCAAAUACGUCAUCCAACUCCACCUCGGGUAACACAACUACCGCAGCGUCAGGGUCCGGGCCGUGGUGUUUUACGUGUGACAAGGUGUUUGAACCGGCCAUCUGUGGUCUCGUCACCAGGUGUGGACCAAGCGAGGAGUGUUACACCGGAUCCCACCAGGGUCUGAACGGAGGAACUCAGUACACAUCAGGUUGUAAGCCGAAAGAUCAAUGUCCGUCCACGAGAAGUUCAGCGGACACAGCGGACACAGCGGACCAGCCAGACACCUGCACAGAAUGCUGCACCGACGACUUCUGUAACGCCAAACUGUGCGGUGGUAUAGACAUCAGACAGCCCGGGAUGACGUUGUGUAUGACGUGUGACGGAGUCCAACAUCCUGGUGAUUGUGACGAAGUUGAAGUGUGUAGUGCUGACCAACAAUGUGCCGUGGACUCAGUCAAGCAUUUCGGAAUAACAUUUUACAAACUCGGCUGUGUUCAGAAAGCGGGGUGUGCUCAACAACACGGCGCCUGCUGUGACACAGACGUGUGCAACAUUGACGUCAACAUCACCAAGACGCCGUCAUCUCUGCCCAGCACGCCAGUGACGACCACCACAACGACCACCACGACAACUACAACUCCAACGACCACAACGACUACUGUUACCUCGACUAUUAAAACUACGCCGUCGGCUCCCGGACCCUGGUGUUUCACGUGCGACAAGGUGUUCGAGCCAGCUGUCUGUGGCCUCAUCACCAGGUGUGGACCAAACGAGGAGUGUUACACGGCGGAACACGGAGGUCUGAAUGGUGGGACACAGUACAGAUCGGGGUGUAUGUCGACAGAUCAAUGUCCGUCCACCAGACGUUCAGCGGACACAGCGGACACAGCGGACCAGCCAGACACCUGCACAGAAUGCUGCACCGACGACUUCUGUAACGCCAAACUGUGCGGCGGUAUAGACAUCAAGAAACCCGGCACGAAGUUUUGUAUGAAGUGCUCUGGAGUCCAACAUCCAGAUGAAUGUGACGAGGUUGACGUGUGUGGUGCUGACGAACAAUGCUCCGUGGAUGUAAAGAAUAUGUUCGGACUAACAUUUUACGAACUCGGCUGUGCUAAGAAUACGUCUUGUUCUCAGCAACACAGCGUCUGUUGUGAUACAGAUUUAUGUAACGCUGACGUCAACGUCACCAGCAUCACGUCACCUGGCAGUUCCACAACGACAUCCCCUGCUCCAUCGUCAACGGCAGGAACAUCUCCGAGUACAGUGCUCGCGACACCCACUACUGUCCCGACGACGCCCACUACCACGACAACUACAACAACAACACCUACAACAGUCAUCACGACACUUAUACCUACUACAACUACGACUACGACCGCACCAACCACUGCAUCUACACCCCCAACUACAACCACUACUACUACAACCACUCCUACUACAACCACAACUACAACAACCACUACAACCACAAACAUUCCAACUACAACCACAACAAUUCCAACUACAACCACAACCACCAUUACAACCACUCCUACUACAACCACAACUGCUAUCCCACCCACUUCUACAUCUACUACUACCACGACAACAACAACUACUACUACUACUACAACUACGACAACAACACCAACCACGACACCAGCUCCAGUUGCUAUAAGCAUGGACCACCAGGUUGUAGUGGUUGAUCCAAUGGACGUCAAUGGGGUCGCACGACUCAGAUGCAAUGCCAGUGGUGACCCACGACCAAAGAUCACAUGGAGUAAACUUGACCAGCCGCCCUUCAUCUCUGACAGCACACACAUGAUCUACGGAGACGGUGAAAUGAUCCUGAAAGGAAUAAGCCCUGCCAACUUCAAGGCACACACUGGAAUCUACGUGUGUACGGCGGAUAACGGGGUCACAUCAGCAAAAGCCUAUAUUGUUGCUGCUGGCAAAAUCCCCUACGUCUUGGAUGAGUCAAAUACUUUCGAUAAAAUCGGUGUGCAGCCAGGAGAAGCAUUCCAUGUACAUUGUGCAAGCGGAUCGACGGAGCCCGACGGAUCUCCGUUUGACAAAGAAUUUCAAAAGACUGACAAGAUAUGCGUGUCGGCAAGACAGAUCGGAGCGUUAUCCAAGGAGGACGGCUUUGUUACAUAUUUUAUCAAGAAAGACGGUAAUAGUGAGUUUGUGGAUCGCACAAAAGGUUCACUGAAGUUGGACUGAAUGUGACGGAGAUAUUCAAGUCUACAUAGUUUGCAUCUUGUGUUUAUUGCUGCUGUUGAACGUAUUAAUGCGUUGACGUUUGAUCAUAUUGAUAUUAAUAUUGUUUUACAUUAAUGUUCAGUAUGUAUUUUGAAGCACCGUGUAGACAAAUGUAAAGUCGAAACAGCGUAUAAAAUGUAAUUAAAAAAAUAUAAUGAA